CACUGACAGCGCUCACACUUGCAACAUGAAUCACUCAGCUGUGUUGUCUUCUUCGGAGGAAAUGGUCCCUGAGGAGUUUGAGUGGGACAUCAGUGGGAAAGCAGUGGCUUGUGUGAUCCUGGGUCUGUCCUUCCUGAUAGGAGCUCCAGGGAACCUUCUGGUGAUCUGGACCAUCCUGAGACACGUCAAGCAGCGUUCCCACCCUGUGGAGAUCAUCCUGCACCUGGCUGCUGCGGACCUGCUGGUCCUCAUCACCCUACCUCUGUGGAUCUACUCCCUGGUACACACCUGGGUGUUCGGACAGGCCACCUGCAAUAUCGUGGUGUACAUUAUCAUUGUGUGCAUGUUUGGCAGCAUUUUCCUCAUCACCCUUAUGAGUGUGGAGCGCUUUCUAGCCAUCUGCCAUCCAUUUGUGAUGAUGCGCCGGAAGACCACGAGUGUUAUGAGAAGAUGUCUCGUACUUUUGUGGCUCCUUGCCGUCCUUCUAGGAGUACCCGUUUUACUAACCCAGCCUUUGGAUGAAACUGAUGAAUCUGAGCAGUGUUUUAUCAGAGAAUUCAGCUCUGUGACUCAAGGGAUCGUCUUCUUAUGUCUGGAGACUGUGAUGGGAUUUGCAGUUCCUUUCAGCAUACUUAGUAUCUGUUACUGUCUGGUAGCUGCCCAGAUUAGGAAAAUGAAUUACAGCACCAAACAGAAAUCCAUGGCUCUUGUCCAUGCCGUGGUGAUAGCAUUCACUCUGUGCUGGUUGCCUUACCAUGUUAUCAACAUUGUUGAUCUGGUUUGUAUCUUAGGAUUAGGUGAAGAACAUGGAUGUCUGCCGGAGAGUAUUGUCUUUAGCUCUGGUGCCCUUGUAUUCAUAAGCAGUUCAGUGAAUCCUGUGUUAUAUGUCUUCUUUUCGCGGAACUUACAACAAAGCCUCGAGCAGUCCCGACUUGUCAGGCUGUUCCAGGAAAUGGUCACUCACACCAACAAACCCAGGGAGGUGGUAGUACAACAGCAGACUGGCCAGAGGGCAGCAAAUAUACAGGAAGAGAUGAUGUCAGACCUGACAAACUGAAUCCCUGAGACUGUGACAAAAAGAAAAUGUGAGAUUUGUCUUCUGCAGUUAAUUAAGCGACUACAUUUUAUUUUGAAGGCCUGUAUGUGAUCUGAGGUUCUGAAAGCUUGAAUUUUGAAAACAGUGCUGACAAUGGCAAUGUGCUGCAAAUUAUAUCAUUAACAGAUACCACACUCCCACAUCCUUGCUUCAGAUUUAAUAUAAGCAAACAUGUGACUGUGACAUUUACGUGGUUCUCAUUGUUUACAACAAGUUAUUGUUAUAGUUAUAUAUUUUUUGAAAAGUUUAAAAUGUGAAAUGCUCCUGUCUUGUAUAAUGUUCUUUGUGUAUUUUACAAUGAAUGAAGCAUCUGUUUUUUGACUUGAAAAAUGAAAUGACACACCUCUAAAAUCAAUAUUUUUGGAAAAUGAUACAAUUAUUUCAUUUUUGUUGAUUAUUAAAACUUGAUAAGAGCAUCAUUGUAGCUUAUUUCGAUCAAAGAGAGAAAAACUUAAUUAGAUUUCUUGCCUCUUCGGGAGACAGUAGGUCCACGUUAUUCAUGCAUCAUUCAAAACAACACUGUAAUAUUUUAUACUGAAUAUGUUAUGAUGAACAAGUAUUGGUUCCCACAAACCACAUUCAAAUAUAGUCAUUUGUUACCACAAGUUCAUGUGGGCAAAUGCUCACAGACACAAAUCGGGAGUUUUUACAGUAUGAUUGUCGCCAUCAUAGACACAAAAGUGGUGGCCAAGCAGUUAAAAAGAACUGAGCCCUAUAAAAACUUUGAGUCAUGUAAUUUCAGUGAAACCUUCCAAAUACAAGGAGCGGACACA